AUGGAGGCAUCAACAACACCCAAACCGCUGCCUAACCGGCCAGAACAGAAGAUGCCAGCUAUCCCCAAAGGCUCCCGCAUCCAAAAACGUCCCCUCCCCGCUCCCCUCUCCCACCGCCUCUCCUCCAGCGCCUCCCGCUCUUCAGCUAUUUCCACAAUACCAACCGACACCGACGGCUACCGCCCACCUCCGCGCGCUCCCCACACGCUCAUAAUAAAAGUUACAUCCAACGCUCCAUUCAUGUCCCUCGUCAAGCGCGUGCGCAAAGGUCUUGAGUCUCGGUCCUCGAUGUCGCGACAACAGUCUACCAAGGGGCUACCCCUAACGGCGAGGAUAGCUGCCCUCGACACCAGCUCUGGAGGCAAUUCGCAAGGAGACGGACAAGGGCCGGUGGAAGAUGCGCUGGAUGAUGUUGUGCUGGUCGCGACAGGGAGGGCGAUUCAGAAGGCUGUGGAGGUGGGGUGUUUCUUUACGAGAGAACGGGAUCUGAAUGUGUUGUUGAGGACGAGGACGGUGAGGGGGGUUGAUGAUGUUGCUAGGGGGGAAGAAGGGGAUGAUGGGGAUGAUGGGAGUGAAGAGGAGGAAGGGAAUGGGGCGAGGGUGAGAGCUGUGAGCUGUGUGGAGGUCGGGGUUCGGUGGAGGGCUACUUGA